AUGUACUGCCUCAGCCUGACUUGUCCUGUGGCCCUGUCUGUCUUUAGUUACAGUUGGAAAACCACAGAGUGGACAGAGUGCAGGGUGGAUGUGCUGCUGAGCCAGCAGGACCGUCGGCGUGGAAACCAGACAGGUUUGUGCGGAGGCGGGACUCAGACUCGGGAGGUCUACUGUGUGCAGUCCCCUGCUGAUACACCACCCACCCUCAACUUGCUCAGGAGCAAAGAAGCACUGCGACCGGUGGACAGUGAUCUAUGUCUGGGCAUUCCUCCAGACACUAUCCAGCUCUGCCAUAUCAGCUGCCCUGUUGAGUGUGAGGUUUCUUUGUGGAGUGCUUGGGGACCCUGCACCUAUGAAAACUGCCAGGACCAGACAGCCAAGAAAGGCUUCAAACUGAGAAAGAGGAGGAUAGUCAAUGAGCCGACAGGUGGGACAGGGAACUGCCCCCACCUAGUGGAGGCAAUACCGUGUGAAGACCCCAGCUGCUUUGACUGGCUGGUGGUUAAACUGGAGGAGUGUAUCCCUGACAAUGAGAAGAAAUGUGGACCAGGAACCCAAAUCCCUCAAGUCCAGUGUGUCAACAGUGAUGGUGAAUACAUGGAGAGGCAGCUCUGCCGUGAUGCCAUCCUUCCUAUGCCUGCCAUCUGUGAGGUGCCUUGCUCCAGGGAUUGUGCCCUGAGCCCCUGGACCCCCUGGUCACUCUGUUCCCAUACAUGCUCUGGAAAAAACACAGAGGGAAAACAGACCAGAGCUCGUUCUAUCCUUGCCUAUAAUGCAGGAGAAGGGGGAAUCCCAUGUCCCAACAUCAGUGCCCUGCAGGAGGUGAGGAGCUGCAAUGACCAUCCCUGCACUGUGUACCACUGGCAAACAGGUCCAUGGGGGCAGUGCAUUGAGGACUCCUCAAUUCCAUCUACCAACACGUCUGUGCGCCGAACACGUGGCAGUGAUGUUUCCUGCUCAGUAGGGAUGCAAACCCGCAAAGUUAUCUGUGUCCGGGUCAACGUGGGCCAAGUUCCUCCCAAAAAGUGUCCAGAGAGUGUUCGCCCAGACACCGUCAGACCGUGUUUACUUCCCUGCAAGAGAGACUGUAUCAUUACCCCAUACAGUGACUGGAGCCCCUGUCCAUCAACAUGUCAAUCAGGUGGUAACACUAAGAAGAAGCAAUCUAGGAAACGUAUCAUCAUCCAGUUACCAGCCAAUGGGGGACAGGACUGUCCUGAGGUUCUGAACCAGGAAAGAGAGUGUGACGCUCCAUCUGUCUGUCAGGGAUACAGAUGGAAGACCCACAAGUGGCGCAGAUGUCAGCUGGUUCCAUGGUCAGUUCGACAGGACAGUCCUGGAGCUCAGGAGAUCUGUGGGCCAGGUCUUCAAGUUCGAGCUGUUUCAUGUCGGAAACAGGAUGGUGGACAAGCAGAUGUUGAAGCUUGUCUUAAGUUUGCUAGCCCCAUGCUGCCUCUCACCCAGCCCUGCCAACUGCCAUGCCAGGAAGACUGUCAACUCAGCACCUGGUCCAAGUUCUCCUCCUGCGCAGCUGACUGUGUGGGGGUAAGGACCCGAAAGAGAAUGCUAGUGGGGAAGAGUAAAAAACGUGAUCAGUGUAAAAACAGCCAGAUGUAUCCCUUGAGUGAAACCCAGUAUUGCCCCUGUAACAAAUACAAUGCCCAACCUGUGGGCAACUGGUCAGACUGUAUCCUACCUGAGGGCGCUCGCAUGGAGGGUCACCUGGGCAUGAAAGUCCAAGGUGACAUCAGGGAGUGCGGCCAAGGAUACCGCUACCAGGCCAUGGUGUGCUAUGAUCAGGACAACCGCAUAGUUGAGACUUCUCGCUGCAACAGUCAUGGAUAUAUUGAGGAAGCUUGCAUCAUCCCCUGUCCAUCUGACUGCAAAUUAAGUGAAUGGUCUAACUGGUCGCGUUGCAGCAAGUCAUGUGGCAGUGGGGUCAAAGUUCGCUCCAAAUGGCUCAGAGAGAAGCCCUACAAUGGUGGGAGACCAUGUCCCAAACUGGACCACAUCAACCAGGCUCAGGUGUAUGAGGUGGUGCCUUGUCUCAGUGACUGUGGACAGUAUGUCUGGGUGGCAGAGCCUUGGAGUGUAUGGAAAGUCAGCAAUGUGGACCUGAAGGAGAACUGCGGUGAAGGUAUCCAAACUCGAAAAGUCAGGUGUAUGCUCAACACUGUAGAUGGGCCCUCUGAGCAGGUAGAAGACUACCUGUGUGACCCAGAGGAGAUGCCCCUGGGUGCUCGUAACAGCCGGUUACCCUGCCCAGAGGACUGUGUGUUAUCAGACUGGGGAGUCUGGAGCCCAUGUUCACUGCCAUGUAGUGAAAAUGGUACCCGAGAGAGGAGUGCUUACCUGCUUCGCCAGCCAGGAGAGGAGAUGGAGUGUCCUUCGGCAAAAGAAACAGAGCCAUGCAAACUCAACGGCAACUGCUUUCACUACUCUUACAAUAUCACCGACUGGAGUACCUGUCAACUGAGUGAAAGAGCAGUGUGUGGAAAUGGCAUUAAAACCCGCAUGCUGGACUGUGUCCGUAGUGAUGGUAAAUCUGUUGACCUCAAAUUUUGCAAAGAGCUGGGUCUAGAGAGGAAGUGGCAGAUGAAUGCUUCCUGUGUUGUAGAAUGUCCUGUGAACUGCCAGCUGUCUGAUUGGUCACCAUGGUCAGACUGCACUCGUUCCUGUGGGCUGGCAGGCAAGCUGUGGAGGAGACGGACAGUGAUCCAGGCUCCCCAGGGUGAUGGAAGGCCAUGUCCAUCCCAGAUGGAACAGUGGAAGCCCUGCCUGGUGAAGCCCUGCUACAGCUGGAGAUACAGCACAUGGUCAGAAUGCAAGUCUGAGGGUGCAAGGUGUGGAGAAGGCCUACGUUUCAGAAAUGUGUCAUGUUUUGUCUCUGAUGGCUCGAGUCAGCAGGAUAGCAGUGUGGUGGAUGACGAGCUGUGUGGAGAUCUGGAGCCUUCAGUGGAUGGAGACACAAGCAUUGUUUUGCAGGAGCUCUGUACUGUACCCUGCCCAGGGGAGUGUUAUUUGACUGACUGGACUGUUUGGAGUCCGUGCCAGCUAAGUUGCGUGAGCGGGGAUGACCUGGGCUUUGGCUCAGUCCAGGUCCGAUCCAGAGCUGUGGUGGCCCAAGAUCCAGAGAAUCUGCUUCAGUGUCCAGAACAAGAGCUGGAGGCACGGCCAUGUACAGAUGGACAGUGUUUUGAAUACAAGUGGAGGACUGGACCAUGGAGAGGCUCAUCUCGCCAAGUCUGGUGUCAGCGUUCAGAUGGGCUCAAUGUUACAGGUGGAUGCCUGGUCACAGCCAAGCCAAUUGCAGACCGAUCCUGUAACCCACCAUGCACCAAGCCCCGGUCCCUAUGCACAGAGGUCGGUGUUUGUGGCUGCGAGGAAGGCUACACAGAGGUGAUGACAUCUGAUGGUGUGCUGGACCAGUGUACUGUCAUCCCUGUACUAGAGAUCCCCACUGCAGGAGACAACAAGGCUGAUGUCAAGACCAUCCGAGCCUUUAAUCCCACCCAGCCUGCAGCCAGCACACCAGGCAGGGUGGGACGCACUUGGUUCCUGCAGCCCUUUGGUCCAGAUGGGAAGCUGAAGACCUGGGUAUAUGGAGUAGCAGCAGGAGCGUUCGUGCUGCUCAUCUUUAUAAUCUCCAUGACAUACUUAGCAUGCAAAAAGCCAAAGAAACCACAGCGACGGCAGAUGAACAACAGACUGAAGCCACUGACUUUGGCCUAUGAUGGAGACGCUGAUAUGUAGGAGCCUUCCUACUUACCACACUGACUUUCAGACAUUUGUCCUCCUUCAGGGCACACUGGGUUGCAUCCCUUCAAGUCAGGGGCACUGCUGAUCAACCAACAUGCAGAUGAAGAUUCUGACAGAAAAUGAAACCUCAAAGAUCAAGGCACAGAAUCCACAUUCAUGGACAGCCUUGACAUCCCCUCCUCUUUUUUAUUUUCAUUCUAGUAGUUUCUUUCACAGGAGCCUUCAUGAAUUAUCUUCUUCUGGAAGUCUGCCUUUGCUUCUCUGCCAUCUACUACAAUCAGUAAUAUUCAAACCAUUGAAGAGGUUUGCUCCAAAACAAAGAUUUUGCUGUGCAAGCACAAAUUUCUGUUGGGGAUUUGUUAAUUUUGUCACGGGUGAGUGGCAUUGUUUGUUUCACUUGUCAGUCUUUGUCCCAUAACAACAAAAACAUUCAAAUCAUCUGUAUAAUUAUGGCCUGGAUGUACCUCACAAGAAAAAAAUACAACCAGAAAACGAAAGUAAGUUUAAUGAAUCCCAGAGUAACAUUACUUCUGCCUGCCUGUCCUGUCUCUGUUUUUUCAGGCAUAAUUUUGCACUAUAUUAGUGCAGCAUGUUAUGUACUUAUGUCUAGCUUUGCCAUAGAAAACUGCCUCUUUCAAUACAAGAUGAUGUACAGUCUUGUGCUAGAAAUGUAAAAAAAAAAAAAAAAGACUUUUUUUGCAAACAGAACUCACCAAUGUUAAUAUUUUUCUUCUUUUACCUCUUGUAUGUGAAACAAUGAGACUCAUUGUAAAUAGGAUUUUUUUGUGUAGUCUCAACUUAACCUUUCUUGUCUGUACAGCUACAAGUCCCAAACUCUGCCAGAGUUUAUUUAAUCGUAAUGAUUUUUUGACUGUGACUUAAUAUCAUGAUUUUUAACUUCAUAAAUUCUAAAUAUACAUCACAUCCAUUUGCUUAGUCUGUAGAAAUUAUGUGUUCUAUAAAAGCCUUAGCCUGGGACAUGGAAAGAAAGAAGAGACUAUGUAAAUCUCACCACUGAUGAUUAGUUAAUUAAUUGUGCAUCUUUACUCCUGGUGGUUCAGUACACAAAGAUGAUGAGGGCCUGUGAUAUCUGAGAUUUGAAUUUAAUCUUGUUGGACAUUCAAACAUCUAAUAUCAAAAAUGUCAUAUUAUGGCUUAAAUCUCAAAAUUAUUGUCAUCUUUCAGGUGUUAAACAAUUUGUCUUCCAGGAGGCUCUCCCUCUACACAAAGACAACUUUUCACUCUGCCUUUAAGUAUGGCCACUUCAGAACAACUACAUUCACUUAUUUCUGAUACUGAGACAACAUAGUGAAAGAACUAGUUCCUGUGUAGCAGAACUUAGACAUGCAAAUUUAGUAAGCAUGAAGGCCUGAAUGAGACUAUUGAUCUUAGCCACAUGGGUAUGCUGUUCACCACAGGAAAGUGAUACAGUUCAAUAUAUGUAUGUAUUUCCCAUAUUAGUGCAUCAUUUUUAGACUGUUAUGGUUAUUUACACCGUUGGUCAUGAACGCAGCUUCUACCUACUAAACUCAAUUUUGCAGCUUUGCAACACUACAAAUUUCUGUAAAUUUCCCCGAAGGAUCAAGAAGUUUUAUUCUAUCUUAUCUUUCUGAUGAAUGUUCAAAAGAACCAUCAAUUUUCACCUCUUGUACUUCUCAUUUCCUCCAAACUUAGAUUUACAAUGCCAGGUGAGGUUACACAGACUUAUUUUUGUAGAUUCGGCCAACAGAAGUCCCAGAACUUACAUGGUGCUUUUAACACAGAAUAUUUGACUUUCUACUAAAGCACAAUUUAACAAAGGUAUGUAACUUUUAAAUAAUGGCUUUAUCAAUAACCAAUAAAUGGUUUAUCUAUGAGUAGUUACAAGUGGAGGUUGACAGUUUUUAGGGGGCUAAAAACCUAAGUUACCUACACUGUCAGCCUAGGAGCUGUUCAUGUUAAUGCCCUAUAAAUGAUAUAAAGUGUAAGGAAAUUAUUUCUUUCAUUAAUGAAGACAUUGUUUUAACAACAACACAACAACAAAAACCUUAUUAGAAAGUGGUCCAUUUUUUUUUCUAAUUUUAGAUAAGUUUGAUUCUUGACUCAUUUUGACUUUACACAUCUUCAAAUAUUUGAGAUGUUCUGUCUCUAUCAACUGACUUAGUCCUUAAUUGCAGUCCAAUGUUGGAUGCUGUAAUGCACCGGUACAUAUUCCUGAUGUAAGUUCUUCUCAGUCAAGAAAAAGAAAGAAAGAAAUUAUUCUCACGUUUUAUCCAUGCAUUCAUUAAUAAUUAAGUUUUCAUCUAAAUAACUUUUGUCAUAUAUUUCAGAGUAUCCCUGUCACUGAACUUUGGUUGCUUUCUUUCAACCCUUACACACUGCUGGUGUUGUCGAAUGGCAUAUAAUACUUUUCAGAAGCUUUUCUAUCAGACCAGUCUCCACUGCCAUUUUAGGAUCACCUGAACCUUUGAGUGUGGUGAAACUGCAUGGAAUGUCCCUUGUAGAACCUUUUUAAGGGUCGUUUUGUGGGAAGAAAAAGUGCCUACUAUAGAGAAGGUACUUCUGAGUGGCUGUGAAAUGUUGUGCAGUUCUCGAUGCUAAUUAGAUCAGUUUGGAGAGGACAAAAACCACUAUUUUUUUUUCUGCCCUCUUGAUAAUUGUGUUCAAAAUUAUUGGAUCUUACUUCAUAAUGGCAACAGAGAGGCUGAAAGCGCUGAUAACGAGGCCAUUCUGGUAAACAUUUGUGCUACCUCGUGCCUGUCCCAAGUACCUGCAGUGGAAAGCUGCCAUAAUGGAAAAGAAGAAACAGUUCAGGAACUACCACUGUGUAAGAAUAUUGUGAAAUGAAAACUGAGACCAUACAAUGCUGCCUGAAAUAACUGCCUAAUGUAAGCUAAAAGUCCAGUCACCCAGAGUGGAUAGUGUAUUUAUUAGUACUGACACAUCAUAUGAUUGCCAGAGAAUGGCAGUUUAAUAUUCUGUCGAAUUUGUGGCUCGUAAGUUAAUGGAAUGUUUAAUUUAUAUUUCUUGGAAUAUGAGUUGUAAAUAAAGUGCAAACUAUUUCUUUUUUAUUAUUUAAUAUCUGUGUACAUGUCAUUUGUCAUAUUAUGUUUCCUUUUUUAUGGCACGUUACUCAAAAAACAAACAAAAAAAACUGGAGGUGUGAAUGUGGAUGUGCUAAAAGCGAUACUGAUAAACUUGUGAAAAACAAAGUUGAUGAUGAACUCUGUCCUUUUCUUACCAUUUGUUUACAUGUAUUUGACUAAUUGCUGAUAAUAAACAAUUGAAAUAUUA